AUGCAAACCGACGUGCUCGUUAUAGUCACGUGCCUGGCGGCCGACGUGGGCAAAGGCAUGCUAAACUCGGUUACGACCACUUCAAGCUCCACGAGCUACUUUGAUUCCGAGUGA